GGAGAUGGGAGCGUAGUGACGCAGUCGUACUAGGCAAAAGCGGAAAAAAACCCUAGCCAUUCCGGAAUACACUACUCUCUAUGAAGUUCAUCUUUCCUUCGGAAUGAACUUACUCGCUUUUGUAACAUUUGAGUUUUUCCAGGGAAAUGAAAAAAAUCUGUUCAAUUUGCCCAAUUCGUGUGAACUUGCGAGCCGUAGGAGUACUGGCCGCUGUCUUGACUUUUCUUUUUGUGAAAAGCUGCAACUCUGCUGCUGAUGAAGAUGCGGCUUUGGACCAAACCCAAAUUUCCGAGUUAUACACUAAAGGUGUAUUCAUUCUUGAAAGUGAACACCUUAAUAGGUGUAUCAGAGCUGACAAAACAAAGCUUACUUUGGAAAAUUGUGAUCAGCCAUCCAAGCACAUGCUUUGGAAAUGGGUUUCCCGCCAUCGCCUCUUCAACAUUGGCAGCAGCAUGUGCCUUGGGCUUAACACUACCAGCCUACAGCAGCCAUUAAAUAUGUUUAAAUGUGAUUCUACCCUGAAAACCCUGUGGUGGCGUUGCAGCGGUAACACAUUAUUUGGAGCCGCUCAGUUAAAACUAACUGGGAAAGGAAGGCUUGUUGUAGCAACAAAGCAAAGAGUUUCAUCCCAGCGAUGGAAGAUAUAUUUGACAUCUGGGGAAGGACCAUGUGCUCAUCCUUAUGAAGAAAUUCACACAGUGCAAGGAAACGCCCAUGGUAUGCCAUGUGUUUUGCCUUUUAAAUAUAAUAACAAAUGGUACUCUGAGUGCACAACCGAAGGGAGAGAAGAUAACUAUCGCUGGUGUGCCACAACUAGUUUGUAUGAUCAAGAUGAAAAAUGGGGAUUUUGUCCAAAUCCAGAGACAGACUGUGAUGUUUUUUGGGAGGAGUACCCAGAUACAAAAGCUUGUUAUCAAUUCAAUCUUCAGUCCAUACUCUCCUGGAGCGAGGCACAUGCUUCAUGUCAAGCACAGGAUGGGAACUUAUUAAGCAUAACUGACCUUACAGAACAAAGAUACAUUAGUGAACGAUUGAAUGAUGUAGGAGUCCUAGUCUGGACUGGUCUGAAUCACCUCGAUGAAUCUGCUGGAUGGCAGUGGUCUGAUGGGGCACCUCUGGCAUUGGUGAACCUAACAAGAAGCUUGUCUCCCAUGUCUGCACUGGCCAGCACUCACUGUGGAGUGUUUAACUCAGCAGUAGGAAACGAGUGGCAGAACCUAGACUGUGGGUCUGGACUGCCCUUUAUCUGUAAGAAAUACCCAAACUUUACAAGAAGAGCAGAACCUUUUGAUACAUGGCAGUACUAUCCUACAGUGUGCUCUCCUGGCUGGUUUCCUCACAACAAGUUUUGCUACAAACUUCAGAGCCAGGAACAAAGCUGGAAAGACUCUUUAACUGUUUGUCGUUCCAGUAAUGCUGACCUGAUAAGCGUGCACUCUUUAGCAGAUGUGGAGCUGCUCCUUACCCUUUUUCAGAACGUUUCAGAGACUGUAUCAGGAGCCUGGAUUGGCUUAACCAACAAAACCCAGGGGUCAUUUGAAUGGUCUGAUGGUUCUCCAGUGACUUUUACAUACUGGCACAAAUAUGAGCCAAAUGUCACUUACGUUGAAGGUCCUCUCUGUGUUAGAGUUACGACUGACAGUACCUGGCAAGUGAAAACGUGUGAUGAACGUCUACCUUCGGUCUGUAAAAAGCCUGGAAACCUUGAGGAACAAAAGUCUGGCUUGGGAGAUACUGGUUGUUCUGAGGGUUGGAAGCGGAGAGGUCAUUUUUGUUACAAGGUUACUGGUCACCUUCAGAACUAUGAGGAUGCUACCAAGAGCUAUUACUGUAAUUCUCCACUGGUGACUGUGGGAAACAGGUUUGAGCAAGCUUUCAUUAACAGCCUGAUACAGAACGUCACAAAUGGUAGCAGUCUUUACUUCUGGACUGCUCUUCAGGACAGAAACAAAACAGGAGAGUACAGCUGGCUGACACAGAAAGGAUCCUUUCAGCAUGUUCGCUAUACAAAUUGGAACAAAUAUCAGCCAGCUAGCUCAGGUGGUUGUGUUGCGAUUUCUGGAGGGAAAUACCUUGGCCGUUGGGAAGUGAAGGACUGCAACACUUUCAGAGCAAUGUCAAUAUGCAAACAAGCUAUAAGCUCAUACAAAGAAACAGAGUCCUCUGACAUUACCAUUAACCAACAAGCUUCUUGUGCUCCUGGAUGGGAGUCAAAGCCUGACUUACUUUAUUGUUACAAGGUAUUUCACAGGGAGAAGGUACUGAUGAAACGAUCAUGGGAAGAUGCAGACUUCUUUUGUCAGGCUCUUGGAUCCAAUCUUGUCAGUUUUAGUCAUUAUGAGGAGGAAAACUUUUUGAAUGGAAUUUUGCAGAACAUGUUUAAUAGCAGUGAGGAGCGUUUGUUCUGGGCUGGGUUUAACAAAAGAAAUCCCCUGUCAGGGGCUGCAUGGGAGUGGUCUGAUGGCACUGCUGUUGUAUCUUCAUUUAUAGAGGACAGAAAUAAUGAAGAUGAUCAAAGAAACUGUGCAGCUUAUAAAGCUGGUAAUAUGAUAAUACCGCUACGAUGUGAUGCAAAACUUGAGUGGAUCUGUAAAAUGCCUAAAGGUGCAAAGCUGAAGGGACUAUACUGGUAUACCGAACAAAACGAGCCGUGGGUCUUCUAUCAAAAAUCAGAGUACUUGUUUCAUAACAUUUCAUUUCCUUGGAAUGCUGUUGCCUUUGCUUGCAAAAUGUUAGGAGCUGAUUUAGUGUCAAUACAUUCUUCCGAUCAGCUGGACUUCAUCCAAAGCAAAAUAGAAAAGUUAUUUCAAAAUGAAGUAAAGUGGUGGAUUGGAUUGUUUGCAGAAUACAGCAACACAGAACUUCGCUGGAUAGAUGGAUCAGCCGUUGAUUACGAGAACUGGGAAGGAACAAAUUCCAGACGCUCGGAAGUGAAGAAUGAAAGAUGUGUCUAUAUGUCAUCACAGACAGGCAGAUGGUCUGAGGGCAAAUGCAACGGUCAUCAUCCUUAUAUCUGUGAGCGUAAAACAGUUUCUGUUGUUGAAAUUCCAAGAGAACCUCACCUCAUAGGGGGCUGUCCAGAACGAUGGCUCUAUUUUGGACACAAGUGUUUUCUGAUGCAUGUACCAAACAAUCCCCAAGAUUUAAAAAACUGGAAUGAUGCACAGGCUUUCUGCAAAUCGCAUGAAGGAUCACUUGUUUCAGUUGAAAAUGAAAUAGAGCAAGCCUAUUUAACAAUGCUCCUCUUGGGAAGUCAAACAAGUGUCUGGAUUGGUCUGCAAAAUGACAACCGGCAGAAAUGGGUGAAUGGGAAACCUGUCACUUAUGCAAACUGGUCACCCAUCGAACCAGAGAACUCAUUUUCUGAUGGAGAUGAUUUGAAUGCCAGUAAUGCGCAACAAGAUGACCCACUCUGUACUUUGCUGUCAAACAAUCAUAACUAUCAUUUAACUGGGAAAUGGUACAAUGAGAAGUGUCUGGACAAUGGGUAUGGAUUUAUAUGUCAAAAACAGCAGGACCCAUCUAAGCCUCCAUCACAUCAAUCAUUUUUUCAUCCUCUUCCUAAUACCAUUGAAUACGGGAACCGCAGUUACAGAAUUAUUCAUGGGAACAUGACCUGGUAUGAAGCCCUGAAUAAAUGCUUAGAAAAUGAAACUGAACUAGUGAGCAUAACUGAUGAAUUCCACCAGGCUUUCCUUACAGUCGUUGUGAAUAGAUUGGACCACGCACACUGGAUCGGACUUUAUAGCCAAGAUCAGGAUGGAAUUAACUAUCAAUGGUCAGAUGGCAGUGAUGCCUUUUUUACUCACUGGGAUGAUGCGGAUGAGGUACAUUUACUUGGUGACUGUGUGUAUAUGGACAUCAAUGGUAACUGGAAAAGUGCUGACUGUGAAACACCACUCCAAGGGGCUGUGUGCCAUGUGCCUCCUGAAAGUAAACCAAUUUCCUACAAAGGGGAAUGUCCAAAAACAUGGUUAAAGUUCCAAAGCAGUUGCUACAGUUUUGAGCCUGUUAUAAGGAGGCUGGAUUUGGAAGAAUCGCGUGAAUAUUGCAAACAGAAAGCAAACAUGUCAGAUGUAUUGACAAUUAAAGAUGAAGAAGAGCACAGAUUUGUUUUAGAGGAACUGCAAUCCUUUGGACCUUCUCAUCAGACUAUUUGGCUUGGCAUCAUAUUUGACACUGACAACGACACAUUGGAGUGGUUUGACGGUUCACCUAUUAAGUAUUCUAACUGGUUCUUCAAAGCACCACAUCUGGAUCCUCUUACUAUUGAUAGCUGUGUUUCAAUGAGGCCUUCAGAUGGCAGCUGGCAUUUGUCUCACUGUGAGGAAAAGCUUGGAUUCAUUUGUAAAAUACAUGGAGACAUAAGUAGCGAUGUAGAGGUGGAACCCCUCCGAGGAGCAUCUCAUCAAGGAAUGAUACCGGUUGCUGUCUCAGUGGCUGUUGUGAUAUUUGCUGUGCUGGUAACAUCUCUUUGGUGUCUGUAUAAAAGGAAUCCAGCAAUCUUCAGACGGCUUUCAUCUUUUGGAAAUGUGUACUACAGACAAGCAAGUUCGGAGGCUGCGGAUUCAGAAGGAAAUAUUCUUAUUACAGAUCUUGAUGUGAAUACUGUAAAUUAAAAUCUCCUUGAGCAGUAAUGAAAUUGCGAUCUGUAAAGCGAACUGUGUCACAGCAGAUAGCAGGAUCAAGCAGGGCAGUGUGGUUGCAUGUUACAUUUGAGCAGGCAGUCACCAAAAAGCAUAGAUCCUGAUCUGCACAAUCCUGGAAGAACAGCUGAAAACCAAAGAAACAAGUAUAAAUAACAGGAAGAUACUGAUAGCAUUUUUCUAUUGAAAAAAGGGUACGAUUUUAUUCUUAUUGUCUUUAAAUACUGAAUACAGCAGUUUUUUUGAAACUUCAAAAGUAUUCAUCAUGAUUAAUGUCUAUAAAACACGGUACUAAACUUAAAUCGAUAUAACAUGAUUUUAUAAAUGUCUUAUUAUUAUUAUUAUUAUUAUAAAAUAUUCAGAUGGCUAAAUGACUAAUUUGCUACAUUGGAGUAAUAGCUUUUUGUCAUGAACUCAAAAACCUCAGAGACCUCAUUGCAAGGAACAAGUAAAAAUGAAGUAAAUGUACAUGUUUUGCGCUCUACAGUCUACAGAAUUGGGCCGCCACAACAGCCAUUCUCAAUUUGAGGGCAGCACAAGCAGAAGUACAGAAUUGUUAUACAAUUGUAAGCAAGAUAUUUGUUUUGAUUUUUUUUUUUUAAUAUAAAGUGGCGCUGCCUCAAUGAAGUAUUGUUAGUACCGGAACUUCAGCAAGCUUCUGGGUAUAUAGUUUAUGUUCCAGAUGACAGACGAGCAGGUGUUCUUAAAUAAGAGUGACUCUGUUGACUAGUUUUUUCAUAUCCUAUAUUUUCCCUAGUACUGCUUAGGGAUAUAUAUAUAUAUAUAUAUAUAUAUAUAUAUAUAUAUAUAUAUAUAUAUACACACAUUGUACAUACCCCAUAUGUACAACUUCUAAACAUUUCUUGAAAACAAAGAAUUUGAGGAAAAAUCUUUUGUAGCAAAUUUUACAGCACUUUCUGGUUUUCUCUGUUAAUAUUGGUACGUUCUGUAAGAUGUGGUUAAUCAUGAAAAGCACCAACAUAUGCAAUAAAUACACCUGAUAGAGAAUUAAAUGACUGUUUGUUACUAUGUUGAAGUCACAAUUGUCUCUACUGUCUACAGUAUUUUAAUACAUUUUAGAAAUAAAACAAUGCCUGGGUUCUUUCUGCUAGUCAGAUCAGUCUGUGAUAAUCUUUCUAAGGGUAUUUACAAUUUGAGUCCCCUGUAUUGAAUGCCGUAGAAUGUAGGUAUAUUGUGUUUGAGUGCCCAGCAGGUGGCAAGGAAGACGCCAAAACUGGGCACUCAACACAAUAUUAUUAUUAUUAUUUAUUUCUUAGCAGACGCCCUUAUCCAGGGCGACUUACAAUUGUUACGUUAUUUUUUACAUACAAUUACCCAUUUAUACAGUUAGGUUUUUACUGGAGCAAUCUAGGUAAAGUACCUUGCUCAAAGGUACAACAGCAGUGUCCCCCACUGGGGAUUGAACCCACAACCCUCCGGUCAAGAGUCCAGAGCCCUAACCACUACUCCACACAAUAUACAGUCCCUGUAUGAUUUUUUAUUCCUUGUCACCUGCAAGGAAUAAACACAAAACAGGUUCUGCAGCUUAAUUUAAAAAAAAAAAUAGAAACAAGUACCAUUCUAAACCAUUCUACCAGCAAAGGACUGGCAGUAUGUCCCUAUGUACAUACAGAUAUCAAGUGUAUCAUAGUCUGGGGGUUUGUGGAGGAGGUUUGUCUCAUUUGCCGUCUAGCCUGAGUGUAUGUCACCCUUCAAUUAGAGAAUUGCUUAUUCAAUACAGUACCUGAUUUGUGGGCAUCUACCUGCUUGUCAAACUUGCAUUUGAAGAUGUGCUUACAGUUUAUGUAGGUCAGUGGUCCUACUUUUUAAUGUUACUGAUAUGUUAUAAUUAGAUGUGACUGGAGAUGUAUGUCACUGACGGGUUUUUUUGUUUUUUGUUUUUUUUGUACUGAUAAGUUCCUUUUGUUUCUAAAUGUUUUAAAAAAUAAAUAAAUAAAUGUGAUACACCUA